AUGUCGUUUGGCAAACGAGUUACACUUUUAUCUGGACAGCAAAUUCCUACCCUAGGAUAUGGAACUUGGCAAUCAUCGCCUGGGGAGGUAUCGGUUGGAGUGUAUGAAGCGUUGAAAGCCGGAUAUCGCCAUCUGGUAAGCUACGAGAACCAGCCGGAAGUUGCACAGGGAAUCAAAAGAGCUCUUGCUGACACUCCUGGCUUGAAGAGGGAGGAUAUAUUUAUUACGUCUAAGCUUUGGAAUAAGCGAGUACCUGUCAUUUUAAACCAGAAGACUCUGGACGAGACUCUUCGAGAGCUCGAACUCGAUUACCUCGACCUGUACCUUGUGCACUGGCCCGUUGCCUUUCAAAAGACCAGUGACAACCAGCUCUCGCCCCUGGACAAUGAUGGCACGCAAGUUGCAAUCGACAAUUCUGUCUCGCUCAUUGACACCUGGAAAGCAAUGAUAAAACUUCCCCAAUCCAAGGUGCGCGCUAUCGGGGUCUCCAACUUCACACCGGAGCACAUCAAGGCCAUCAUCGACGCUACCGGAGUGUGCCCCGUCGUCAACCAGGUGGAGCGCCAUCCUCUCCUGCAACAGAAUGACACUCUGGUGAAGUACGCCAAGGAAAAGGGAAUUCACAUCACAGCCUACUCGGCAUUCGGAAACAACAACGUCGGGGCACCGCUUCUUCUAGAACACCCGACAGUCAAGCAGGUCGCGGAGAGCCUCUCGGCCACCCCUGCUCAAGUCUUGCUUGCAUGGGCCCAGAGUGGCGGACACAGUGUUAUACCCAAGUCGGUGACACCGUCUCGUAUUCGCGCCAACUUCCAAGAGAUCGAGCUCCCAGACGGCGCUCUUACCGCGAUCAGUGCUAUUGGCAGCGUCCCUCGUCGCUACAACAUUCCUGUGACUUUCGUUCCACCAUGGAAUAUCAACCUCUGGAACGAAGAGGCCGAGAAGAACGCCGCGAACUCGGUUGUUGUGGGAAAGGCUGCGUGA